AUGCAGUUGAAUCGCGUAAUCCAAGCUAGUAAUACUAGAGCUCUCGAUAUUGAGAACUACACAAAACAGGCAGCAGUUCGACAAAACCAGAGAAACGCCUUGUUGGCCUCUUCUGCAUCUGUGCUGUCACCAAUGGCUGCUUUAGCGAUGGCGCGUAAUCGUUUUUCUCCUCCGGAUAUUCUGCCUCUACUGAGAAGCGACGCUGACAGGGAUCUUUUGGCAAAGUACACUGCAAGGUCCCGAGUGUUAGACAAUUCCGAUUUAUUGGCCGACCGAGCAAUUCUAUUUGGCCCAGAUCUUCCGCCCGCUUUCCCUCUUCGCGACCCGCCACCGCCAGCGCCACCAGGUCCUCCUCCCUUCUUAGCUCCACCAGUGAUUCUGCCUCGUAUGUUUCAGCCAAGAAUGAGGACAAGAGGUGUAGCCGUCGUCGAAACCCCAUUGUCACUUGAUGAGCCAACAACACGCAUAUUUCCGAGGCCACAUCAGCCAAAUGAGCCCGAGGAGUUACCAGAGAAACUGCCAACACGGAUGAGAGCGGAUGAAUACAAAAGGAAAGAAUAUGUAGAUUAUGUUGUUGUAUGA